CCCCGCCCUCAGCUCAUGCGUGCUCUGCGAUCCAUGCUUUUCAGUGUUAGAGCCUGGCUUUUCAGGCGUCCAGGUCCUCUGCGCCAUUGCAAGUUGCUGAGUGUCUGCACAGUUUGCAAGCUGGAAGUUGGCAGAAUGGCUGAGACCUGCAAAAUGAAAUACACAGUGUUGGACAGCCCUUUGGGGAAGAUCGAGCUGUGUGGCUGUGAACAAGGCCUGCAUGGGAUACGAUUCCUCAGCAGAAAGACCCCAAGCACUGACCCCACAGAGGCCCCAGCUAGUCCUGAGUUGCCAGAGUCCCUGGUACAGUGCACAGCCUGGCUGGAAGCCUAUUUCCAGGAACCUGCAGCCACGGAGAGGCUCCCCUUGCCUGCUCUCCAUCACCCUGUGUUCCAGCAAGAUUCAUUCACCAGACAGGUGUUAUGGAAGCUGCUGAAGGUUGUGAAAUUCGGAGAAAUGGUUUCUUACCAGCAAUUAGCAGCCCUGGCAGGCAACCCCAAAGCGGCUCGCGCAGUCGGAGGAGCAAUGAGAAACAAUCCUGUCCCCAUCCUCAUCCCCUGCCACAGGGUGAUCUGCAGUGAUGGCAGCAUUGGUAAUUACUCUGGAGGAGGGCAGGCUGUGAAGGAGUGGCUUCUGUCCCACGAGGGCAUCCCAAUUCAGCAGCCAUCCUGCAAGGACUUGGGUCUGACUGGGACCCGACUCAAGCCAUCCCGUGUCUCCACCAGCUCCAAACCAUCUGGCUGAAAUUGAGUAACUGUUUGAGUGACACAUAGAUGUAACGCCGUGUCGGAAGCAAAUGUGUGGUGGUACCACUAUAUUAAAAGAGCUGGAUGUGUCCUGGGGGACUCAA